AUGGCAGACAACCUGAAUAUCUAUCUCUUUGGAGAUCAGACAUUUGAUGUAGAGCCUCAUUUUUCCGGUUUGCUGCAGGCUAGGGACAAUCUGUUCUUGCACACACUCCUUCGUGGCGCCUACAAUGCCAUCCGAACCGAGAUAUACACAUUGCCAACAGAGGUCCGAAAUGACUUGCCGCGAUUUACCUGUCUCGAGGAUCUGGCAUCGUGGAAACAGAGCGGGACUGGCAAGCGAUGCAUCGCGCUAGACAUGGCCAUGACUACGCUAUGGCAACUAGGGACAUUCAUUCUACAAGCAGAAGGAUGCUAUAGAGUACCAGACUGGUCGGUCGUCGUUGGUCUAUGCACUGGGACUUUUGCUGCUGCAGCGGUAAGCUGCAGUAAAAACACUACGGAAUUGAUUCCGUUGGCUAUCGAGGCAGUUAUCGCAUCUUUCAAGACCGGCGUGCUUGUACAGGACGUUGCUCGGAGACUUGCUCCUUCACAGGAUCUCGAUCAGAGCUGGGCCAUUCUCAUAGAGGGUGCAGCAUCGGCUUCGCUUGUAAGCAAGUUCAACGAUGACAAUCCUAUGCCAUCGAUCAACAAACCGUACAUCAGCGCCUACGCUCCGAGCGCUGUGACCGUGAGCGGGCCACCCGAUUCUAUUUCCAGACUGGUUAGUUUUGGAGCCUUCAAAGAACUGACGAAGAAGACCAUACCCAUAACGGGACCGUAUCACGCUGCCCACCUCUACUCAAAUAAUGACCUUAACUCGAUUAUUUCAGGUUUACCAGAAAGAGCAGAGGGUGGGAGGCAAGAAUCAAUACCAUUCUUGUCUACAAACAAGGUCGGGUCAGAAGUUAGGACAUUUGCAUCGCUGCUAAGGGAGGCAACCGCUGAGGUACUUCUACGACCGCUCCUGUGGGCUGAUAUUCUUGAACGAUUUGAAAACAUCUUACGAGAUACGGUUCCGCAAAGCCUCAGUGUUGUUCCUUUUGGAUCGACUGCCCAUCACCUUUUCUACAACGCAGCGAAGAAGAUGAACCCAAAUAUUUUGACAAACGCCUCACAACAUACCAACGGUCAAUCUAGCUUCACUCCGACAAUUGGCACUGGCCUCAAGAAACCUAAACUAGCCAUUGUAGGAAUGUCCGGACGCUUCCCAGACGCGAAGAAUACCGAUGAAUUCUGGGAUAUACUUCGACAAGGUUUGGAUGUGCACAAGGUUGUGCCACCCCAGCACUGGGAUGUACACACUCACGUCGAUACCAGUGCAAACCCUCGGAAGAAUACAAGUGCCACGCCUUUCGGUUGCUGGCUGAAGGACCCGGAAGAGUUUGACGCGCGGUUUUUCAACAUAUCACCGAAGGAGGCUGCCCAGAUCGACCCCGCACAGCGACUCGCCCUGAUGACUGCUUACGAAGCUAUUGAGCGUGCUGGCAUAGUUUCAGAUGCAACUCCAUCUACUAGGCCGGACCGAGUCGGUGUUUUCUAUGGCGUAACUAGCAAUGACUGGAUGGAAACGAAUAGUGCUCAGGACAUUGAUGCGCACAUGAUCCCUGGCGGCAACCGCGCAUUCAUCCCAGGCAGGAUCAACUAUUUCUUCAAGUUUAGCGGGCCGAGUUAUGCCAUCGAUACAGCUUGCUCAUCUAGUCUGGCAGGUAUUCACCUUGCAUGCAACUCCCUAUGGUGCGGCGACAUCGACACUGCUAUAGCCGGAGGUACCAAUGUAAUCACUAAUCCAGACUUCACUGCUGGGCUGGAUCGCGGCCAUUUCCUCUCUCGCACGGGCAACUGUAAAACUUUCGAUGAUGGUGCCGACGGUUACUGUCGCGGUGAGGGCAUUGCGACGGUGAUCAUCAAAAGACUCGAGGAUGCACUUGCAGAUCAUGAUCCCAUCCUUGGUGUGAUCGUUGGGGCGUACACCAAUCAUUCAGCAGAAUCUGAAUCUAUUACCAGGCCACAUGUUGGUGCUCAACGUGCCAUUUUCAACAAGAUUCUGAAUGAAUCUAACGUUGAUCCUUACUCCAUCAGCUACAUUGAGAUGCAUGGCACUGGCACGCAAGCAGGUGACGCAGCAGAAAUGUCAAGCGUUCUGGAUACGUUUGCUCCAUCGCCCAGCCAAUGCCACCAAUCUAAAGCACGCAAGGAAAAGCUCUUCCUUGGAUCAGCUAAAGCGAACAUUGGCCAUGGCGAGGCCGCCUCUGGCGCGUCAGGCCUUAUCAAGGUCUUGAUGAUGAUGGAAAAGAAUCAGAUUGUUCCGCAUUGUGGAAUCAAGACAAAGAUUAAUCACAAGUUCCCGACCGACCUUGGGGAUCGUCAGGUUCACAUUGCUUCUGAGCUGACAGCGUGGGAGAGGAAAGGACUUACGGAACGUCGUGUAUUGGUCAAUAACUUUUCAGCUGCUGGAGGCAACUCAGCGCUUCUCCUCGAAGAUGCACCACACGUACCAGAGAACGUCAAAAUGGGCAUAGAUACCCGAAAACUCUAUGCUGUCGCAGUAUCUGCCAAGACAGGUGCUUCUAUGCAGGGUAAUCUGAGGUCACUGCUCGCACAUCUAAAGAAGAUGCCAAACGUUUCGCUUGGUGAGCUUUCAUACACGACUACAGCACGACGCAUACAUCAUCCACACCGGGUUUUGUUUAUCGGUGCAUCUAUUGAGGAGAUCUGCCAACAAAAUGAAUUGGCAAUUACUCAAGGAAUCGGCCAAACAAGACCCAAAGGAUCGCCAAAAGUCGUGUUCAGCUUCACUGGCCAGGGUGCUCAAUAUCCUGGAAUGGCUCAGCAGUUGUUCCAGGAAAGCACUGUCUUCCGAAACGAGUUGCACCAUCUAGAUUACAUCUCGGAAAAACUGGGAUUUCCGUCUGUAAUUCCUUUUAUCGAGUCUACAGAACAGGAUCCCACCACGUUCCAGCCCUCUGUCGUGCAGCUCGCCAGUGUGUGUGUUCAAUUAGCCCUUGUCAAAUUAUGGGGCACUUGGGGCAUUCAUCCAUCUUCAGUUGUUGGGCACAGUCUUGGCGAAUAUGCGGCUCUCAACACUGCGGGGGUGCUCUCAGACGUCGACACUAUCUUUCUUGUUGGAAUGAGAGCUAGGCUGCUCGAGGAAAAGUGUAUUUCUGGUACGCACGCUAUGCUGGUUGUCAACAAUCCAGUUGACAAGAUCUCUGCUGUUUUGCAAGAAAGAGCAUACGAAAUAGCAUGCAUCAAUUCCCCAACGGAAACCGUCCUUGCCGGUCCAAGCGAGAUGAUGUCCGAGCUUCAGGAAUUACUCAAGAAUGCUGGUAUGAGAAGCACACUUCUCAAGGUGCCUUAUGCAUUCCACUCUUCACAAGUGGAUACAAUUAUAUCGGAAUUCAAGUCUCGGGCACAAGGGGUGAAGUUUUGCGAACCAAGAGUACCAAUCAUCCGACCUUUGGACUCUACCGUCUCGACUGCUGGUACAAUUUUCGAUGCUGAGUAUCUAGCAUGUCAUUCUCGCGAGCCUGUCAAUAUGCUGGGAGCUUUGAUCGCAGCGCAUAGCAAUGGCUCAAUCACUGAUCGAUCUGUUUUUCUGGAGAUUGGUCCGCAUCCUGCUGUUUCCAAUAUGGUGAAAUCUACAUUAGGGCCAUCUGCUUCAGCUGUCGCCUCACUUCAGCGUGGGGCUAGGCCAUGGGACGUGCUUACCAGAUCACUCAAGUCUCUCUAUGACAACGGAGCCAGUAUUAAUUGGGCAGCUUACCAGCAAGACUUUCAGAAAUUUCACAGAGUUGUCUCACUACCAUCAUAUUCUUGGGACCUGAAGCCUUACUGGAUCCAAUACGUCAACGACUGGUCUCUUCGCAAGGGUGAUCCGCCAGCUCAAGGCUUACACACCGGCCCUAAGAUAACGAGUACAACAAUCCAUUCAGUCGUAUCAGAGGUCAGCGACUCUAGAAGCACCAAAAUCGUGGUCGAGGCAGACAUCUCACGCAAAGAUCUUGCUCCAUUGGUACAGGGACAUGAGGUGGACGGCAUACCCCUGUGUACACCCUCAGUCUAUGCCGACAUGGCUUUGACUCUCGGUACAUACCUGCUCAAGCGCUAUCAGCCAGAACAGUCUCAACUGCUAGUGGAUGUGUCCGAAAUGAACAUCUCGAAAGCGUUGAUCUUGAAUGAGCAAGCAAACAAACAACUCAUUCAGGUUCACGCUGAAGCAGACUGGACUUCUAAAUCUGUGAGUAUGAAGUUCAUGACCUUCAAAAAUCACCAAAAAUUGCAAGAACACUCCCGGUGCAUUGUGCAUUACAGAGAUGGUUCCCUUCAGAAAAGACUGCAAGCGAAUGCAUCGGAGAUUCAAGCGAAAAUAUCGACACUCCGCGCGGGUAUCACUUCCGGUAAGACAGCUCGCUACAAUCGUGCAAUGGUGUAUCGUGCCAUUCGACCUUUGGCACGAUUCCACAAUGAUUAUCGUGCUAUUGACGAGAUAGUGCUCAAUAGUGAAACGCUCGAAGCCUCUAGCAUACUGAGCUUCGGAAGCGUAAAGCGUGAUGGCGACUUCCAUACUCAUCCAGCUAUUAUCGAUUCGUUGACACAAGCGUGCGGUUUUACAAUGAACUGCAAUGAUAACACUGACCUAGACGUUGAAGUAUUCAUGAACCACGGAUGGGGUUCGUUGCAGCUCUUCGAGCCAAUAGAUUUCGAAAAGGUGUAUACAACGUAUAGUCGCAUGGAAUCAGGUCCAGACAAACUCUGGCGUGGCGACGCAAUCAUCUUUGAUGGCAACCGAGUCGUGGCGCAUUUUGGACAAAUCGCAAUCCAAGGUGUGCCCCGCAGAGUACUCAAAGUCAUAUUGUCGCUCGAGAGUGGCAGGAAAACGCAGACUCGUACCACGCCAGCACAGCCAUCGAUUACCGAUAAAAGCCAGCCAAAAAUUCACUCAGCCCAUCCAGACGCCAAGCACAAACAGGCGGCAGUCAGAGUUGGACCAUCUCCUGUUGACAUUGGGCUUCAGAUCAUCUCAGAAGAGUCUGGAGUUGCUAUUGAUGCCUUCACGGACGAUACCGUUUUCGCAGACAUGGGUGUAGAUUCUCUCCUUGGUCUAACCAUAUCAUCGCGCUUUCGGGAACAACUCGACAUAGACCUCGAUUUUAAUGGCCUCUUCUUUGAGUACCCAACAGUUAAGGAUCUCAAGGCGUUUUUGAGCACGUCUCUACCUGAUUCGGGUUACGGCAGCCCGGUUGUAGACGGAAACGAUGGGCUAGAGCCAGUGCAUGAGGUUACGAACGCCUCGAAGAUCGAUUCUGCAGAUAACAGAUCGUCCUCGGGUCCAGAUUUCGCGCGAGCACUACAGAUUAUUGCGGAAGAGAGUGGGGUCCAACUAAGUGAGCUUGGUGACGACACCGAACUUGCUGAUUGUGGAGUCGAUUCGCUCUUAUCACUCAUCAUCACAAGUCGCUUUCGCAACGAGCUUGAUCUUGAGAUGGAGAGUGAAUCAUUGUUCUUGGAGAAUCCAACAGUGGGUGACCUGAAAAAAGCAUUGUCAGCGAAAUCGCCAAACGCCAUAACGGUGGAAUCUGCCGCUCAAGAAGUAGUAGAUACGAUUGUAUUACAGCCUAAUGUCAACAAAGGGGAUGAUCGGAACACAACCAAUGCCAAUGAACCCGAGAGCGGUCGCGUACAUGAGACAGCCAACGAUGAAUCACACGCUGCACUCGAAACGCGAAAGCAAGCCGUGGAAGUUUUGGUCGAGGAAUUUGCAUCUGGAUUCUCUGCACCUACAUCAGACGAAAACGCGCCGGAAACAGUCGACGGAGAGAAAGUUGUGCUGGUGACCGGCGGAACUGGGAGCCUUGGAGGCCAUCUCGUGUACCACCUUGCUCAGCAGCCUGACGUUCGAACUGUCGUCUGCUUGAAUCGUAAGCACCGCGAAGAUCCCAUGCAACGCCAAAUUCAAGCGAUGCGUGAGAAAGGUAUACGUUUCCCCGAUGCUUUGAAGCACAAAUUGCUGGUUCUCCAGACCGAUUCUGCCUCUCCACAGUUAGGCCUGGAACAAAGACAAUACGAUGAACUCGCCGCCUCUGUUACUCACCUUAUCCAUCAGGCUUGGCCAAUGAGUGCGACACGUGCGCUGUCAGGGUUCAAGGCGCAGUUCCAGGUCAUGCGCAAUUUGAUUGACCUUGCCCGUGAGGCCGCAUCACGCCACCGUAAAGACUUCAAAUUCAGCUUCGAGAUGGUGUCCUCCAUCGGCGUAGUUGGUUUGUACGACAAGGACAAGAAUACAGCCAAGACUGUAGUACCAGAGGGACGAGCGAGCAUUGCUUCAGUUCUACCCAAUGGCUAUAGUGAAGCAAAGUGGGGAUGUGAGCUUAUGCUUGAUCGCACGCUGCACCAACACCCCGACCGCUUCCGCGCUAUGACAACCCGCCUGGGCCAAAUUGCGGGAUCAAAAACAAGCGGUUACUGGAACCCAAUGGAGCAUUUCGGAUUCUUAGUCAAGUCGUCAUGCACCCUGAACGCACUGCCAGAUGUCGAUGGCAAAUUGUAUUGGACACCUGUCAAUGACGUCGCAAGCGCACUGGCAGACUUGGUACUUGCGAACAAUGAUCCGCACCCCAUCUACCACGUCGACAAUCCCCACGGCCAGUCGUGGAAAGAAAUGAAUGGUUAUUUGCAAGCCGCGCUGAAGAUACCAAAUCUGAUACCGUUUCACCAAUGGCUAGAACGCGUGCGCCAGACACCUCCAAAAGACAAUCCUGCGCUUUUGUUGUCGGACUUUUUGGAGUCAAAUUAUCUCCGCAUGUCAUGCGGUGGCUUGGUCUUGGACGUCUCAAACACGCUCGAUCACUCACCUUCCCUUAGGGAAGUUGGCCCAGUAUCUAACCAAGUUUUAAGAAAGUAUGUACAUAUCUGGAAGGAGAUUGGGUUCCUUCAUGCUACGGAAGAAGAUCGAAAGAAUUUUGAGAAGGAGAGAUUGGCACUUUGGGCUUAG